AUGGCCGAGUGUAGACUCGCCACCGACGUGUUUCCGUUCUGCGGCGUCGAUCUCCGCAUCGUUCGUCGCGAUAUAUCCGGCGACGGAGGCGACACAGACGACGCCAGCACCGGGGCGGCAUCGAACCAAUCCGCGGACGACGACGACUGGGUGGAUCCGAACUUUUUCGACGAGGGAUACAGCGUCGCCGCGACGACGGGGUUCUGCCGCGUGUGGGAGGGAGCCGAGGUGCUCACGCGCCUGUUGGAGGAGGGAUGCGACGGUGACGAUGUUUCCGACGCAUCCACGCCGUCGUUGAGGAGCAGGGUGGCCGGUAAGCGGGUUCUGGAGCUGGGUUCGGGGGUUGGACUGUGCGGCAUAGCGGCGGCGUCGGCCGGGGCGCACGUCAUGUGCACCGACCUCGAGGCCGUCGUCGAGGGCGUACUCUACCGCAACAUCGGCGAGAACACGUCCACGGAUGACGACGAAGUCCAGGCCGCGUCAUCAUCCCGACCGUGGAGCGCGGGUGAGCGCAUCAAGGGCGGUAACGGCGGCACGUGCGUCGCGCAGGUGCUCGACUGGACAAAAUCCAUCGACGACGCGGUGGUCGCGCAAGGACGGCUGUGUCGGAGGAGGCGCGUGCUGUCGAGGGAGGACACCAGCGGCGCGAGAUGGCCGUGCAUCGGAGACGGCACCGCCGCGGACGACGACGACGACGACGUCGCAUCGUGCGUGAACGACCCGCGGGACUGCGAGCUCGUCAUGGCGGCGGAGUGCCUCUGGCUACGCGAACUCGUCGACCCCUUCUGCGACACGGUGACGUCGCUGAUGCGUUCGGCGCGGGAACGAAACGGGAUCGAGCUGCCGUGCGUGCUGUCGUUCAGGGACCGGUCGUCCAAGAAUGGCGGGGGUCACGCUGAGGCCGACGACGCGGGGGGCGGGGGGGCGUUUGUCCCGGUGAGGGACGUCGUCGCCGCCUUUGUCGAGCGGGGAUGCGGGUGGAGGACCGUCCGCGUCUCACCGUCGACGGAGGACGAGGGGUACCACGUGCACGUCUUCGAGAUAACCCCGCCGCCGCCUCGUUGA